UGCGAAUGUUAGCAUGGGGUUGUCGUUCCCGAGCUAUGACCUGUGAAUGUCUCCAAAAUCUCCAGCUGUCCUACAACUACUCAGGCAGCUGGACUUGCCAGCCAGCGCCAACAAGGCUCAGAUUCGGGCAGCCUACCUCCGCAAGGUCAAGGUGCUGCAUCCAGAUGUUGCUGGAAAGUCCGCCGAGGAGAGAUUCCGGCAGCUGAAAGAGGACUACGAACAUGGGAUGGAGGCGCUCAAGAAGGGCGCACAAGCACAACAUUCUCACCGUGGGCAUUCCAGACAUGCCUAUGGAGCGCAGGAUUUCUCCCAACGCCCGCACCAUCACUCGACCCAUGGACAUCGCCGCCAUUGGGACCCAAAUCCAUGGCGACACAGCAAGGACGGGCCAAACAUGGCUCACAGGCUACGCAACAUGAGUUUCGCAGCAUUUGGAGUUUUUGGGCUCAGCAUCUACAUGUUGACUCCUUCACCAAACUAUGCUGCAGCCCCUCCGCGCUUCCAGGAGGACUCCAACUCCAAACAAAGAGAAGCAGACAUCAAACGCGCCGAGAUGGAGGCUGAACAAAUUGCUGCCAGGACAUCGGCAGAAGGAGGACCUGCAACUCCUGCUGCUUACACGAGGGAAAAGUCGGACUACUACAAGAACCGCUUAACGAGAAGCUCAGUUCGGGUCAGAGGUCGGGAAAAGCGUGAAGGCAUUCAAUACUCAGCAAGAGCCCUGGUACUGCCCAAGCAGUCCUACAGGACCAUUGGAAACAAAGAGUGGAGACGCGAGCCGACAGAAGCGGCUGAGCAAGGAGAUGCUGAAGAAACUGCUGCUGAAGAAACUGCUGCUGAAGUGUCGCCUCAGGCCCCUUCAGGUGAGCAUUCAGCUGGACUUGGUGGUUUUGCUUCACCCCGUAGUCAAGAGGAGCACGAUCUGUUGGACGUGUCCCCAUAUGUGGAGCUUGUCACUAAGGUCAUGGAAGGGCUCAGAGGUGAUGCAUUUCUGAUGGCAAAAGACUUGGGUCUGAACGCAUUGAUGGAUGUUGGCCCUCCUACCGGACUGGAAUUGCUGGUGGAGAGAAUCAAGGAGCAUGUGUUCCCUUUGAGGUCACAUGAGGCAAGGGAGCUUUUCAGGCUCGGUCAACAGGCAAAUGGCCCCCUCAGUCGACAGUCUGCAGAGACGAUCUUGUCCUUCAUUGGAAGGAGGAAACGAUGGUGGAUUCAGCUUAAGGAGCUCGACCCAGAGAUGGCAAUUUCCACCCAGAUGCGAGCUGAACUUCUCCUUGAAACAUCAGGCCUAAGCCGUCAGGAACAACUCAUGAUCAAGACUGCCUGCCCAAAGCCCAGCUUUGAGGGAUACAGCGAGAUCUUGUUGGAACACCAUGGAAGGAUCCACUUGAGGGAUUCGAGGAAUUUGGCCCCUCCUUCAAGGCCCUUUCAAUCGAAAGGAGCAGGAAAGAACAAAGGAAAGGGGUGGUAUCGAUCAGGCUACAUUGCAGGUGAGUACGAUGGCCAUGCAGGUGAUGAAGCAGCAGACGAUGCAGACAACUAUGACUGGAAUGGGGACUACGACAAUGGAGCCUAUGUUGGGUAUGGUGAUGAGCCCAGUACUGAGGACCCAGAUGAUUGUGACUGGGUGUCAGAUGAAGAUCUUGGCAUUGCUCUGACAGCUAUGGCUGCCUGUGACAUGGACGAGACCUCAACAGAGGGUCUUGAGGAACUUGGAGAGGCAUGCCAACACCAGUUGCAGGCCUACGCUGCUGUAGGCUAUGGACACUGGGCAGGUGACCCAGAAUGCAAAAUGCCAAACAAGAAGCCGAAUGCCACUGCAUCGGUCCCAGGUCAAGUGCCGAGCCAAGGUCCACGUGUGCCUAGGAUGCCUGCCUUUCGUGCCAAGCGAGAGAACCCAAUGGAUGACAUGACCCUUCCACCAGGGAGCGACCAUGUCUUCACGUUUGGGCAGCACAAAGGGUACACAUACCAUGAGGUAAUCCAGGAGAUCCUUGGAAAGUUCUCGGUCGGGAAGACUGAAGAAGGAAGCUUCAGGUACUGUGGACGUCGGUUUACCCAGCACGAUGAUUUCACAAUCGAAAUCGAUGCUGAGGAGAACACCAGAGGAAUCAAGCCAAUUUUGAUUGACAAGUCCCGCAAGGGAACUGACGUUGUCACGGAAAAGGAGCUGACAAGUCUCCGGUCAGUGACGGGAUCACUGGCGUGGGUAGCACGGUACUGUCGUGCAGACUUAGCAUACAAAGUGAAUGAGCUGCAGAGACUUUGCAAUCCAAAGGCCACGGUGUCAGACUUGAGGCUGGCAAACAAGGCUGUUGAACUGGCGCACCAGAAUCAGAACAUGAAACUGGUGUACAAGGCCAAUUGGAUUGACUGGAAGGAUCUUGCAGUGGUGACGUACAGCGAUGCGUCAUUUGCAAAUCAGCCUGGAUACAAGUCGCAGCAGGGCAGAAUCCACUAUCUGUCUACCGCUUCGCGUUUCCGUGACCAUAGUAUCCAUGUGAUCGGGUUCGCUUCCUCAACAUUGAAGCGAGUGUGCAGAGCAACUUUACAAGCUGAGUCAUACGCACUUCAGAGUGCAGUGGAGCACGGUGACCGCUUGAGAUGUGUCCUGUGUGAAAUGACCGGCAAGCUGGCCACGAUGACAGACUGGCAUGAACAAUGUCAGAUGAAGAUGAAACACGUUUGGGUGUCUGACUGCAUGAGCUUGGUCGAACACCUGAAUGCGGAAGUGCCCAAGAAAGUCCAAGAUAAGAGACUUGGGACUGAACUUGCGGCACUGAGGCAGUCCUUGUGGACCGGGAAUGGCCAGAAGAGCUGCCAGGAGUAUGCGCCCUGCGGGGACGAGCUGUGGUGGAUUGAGACCGCCAAAAUGCUAGCCGACGCUUUGACAAAGUCAAUGCGUCCGGACUUGCCGGUAAGAGUUGUACAGACUGGCCGUAAUUCAAUGACAUGA